GAUCAAUGGAUGUUCAGCCUCAGCUACGCAUAAUUACGUCUCUGAAGACCUCCUCAGACGACCGAAGAGUUGCCUGUCUAUUUGCCUGUUGGAAUCAGUAACAGGCUAUCCAAACAAUACCUCGUCGAUAUGCCUUGAGCUUAUCUGUUAUAGCUACAGCAUGUUUCAGUCAACUUCAAAGUUAAACGAUUGCAAGGUGAAACGUAGCCUACGCCUUCGGUGUGAUUCAGCUCUAUGUUUUCGUUAUGGCAGCGGGAUGCCUCAGUUGUAGGCUACACCUUUACCCCCUCUCCUCUUAAGAGUAUUUUUGUUUCUUUCUUUAGAUAUCUUUUUUUUCACAGUGUUAAUUUAAACGCGGAUACAUUUACUCAAAAGGCAUCAACGAAAAUUGUAGGAACGUUUUGCGAGUUACAUCUGCGAGAAUCGAGUGCACAAUUGUAAGCGACGCCUUGGCGGCGCAACAGGACACAGUUUCUGCAUGACUUUUGGACUGAAAGUAAAGGAAAAGACACCCAGUAUUUUUGACUGCAUUGUGGUUUGACUAUAACCGCCACCAUUCCGUGCUGCAAAGGUGACCCCAGAAUGUCUUCAAAUGGAGACUUACAAGAUGUUGGGAGCUGUGAAAGCUUCUGGGAGCCUGGGAACUACAAGAGGACCGUGAAGCGCAUUGAUGAUGGACACAAGCUAUGCAACGAGCUAAUUAGCUGUUUCCAGGAGAGGGCCAAGAUUGAGAAGAGCUACUCACAACAACUAAGUGACUGGGCCAAGAAAUGGCGGGUCGUCGUAGAGAAAGGUCCUCAGUAUGGUACUCUAGAAAAAGCAUGGCAUGCCUUUAUGAAUGCAGCUGACCAUCUGAGUGAGAUCCAUAUGGAGCUGCGAGAGCGUCUUGUUAUGGAGGACAGUGAAAAAAUACGCAACUGGCAGAAAGAGGCAUUCCACAAGCAGAUGAUUGGUGGCCUCCGAGAGACGAAAGAAGCUGAUGAAGGUUUUCGCAAAGCUCAGAAGCCCUGGGUUCGCAAACUUAAGGAGGUGGAGUCUUCUAAGAAGAGCUAUCACCAAGCACGCAAGGAGGAGCGGACAGCCAUUACAAGGGAAACCCAUGCCAAAGCAGACACCACAAAGUCACAGGAAGAGGUCCGCAAAUUCUCAGAUCGUGUGGAGAAGUGUACUGUGGAGACUGAAAAGACAAAGGAUCGCUAUGAGAAGGCACUAGAAGAGUUGAACCGCUGUAAUCCACGCUAUAUGGAAGAUAUGGAACAAGUCUUUGAGAUCACUCAAGAUGCAGAGAAAAAGAGGCUCUGCUUUUUCAGAGAAGCUAUGUUGGACAUCCACCAGCACCUGGAUCUCUCCAAUUGUGACAGGUUCAAGGCCUUGUACUCUGAUCUGAGCCAGAGCAUCACUGCAGCCAAUGAUGCAGAAGACCUGCGCUGGUGGAGAAACACUCAUGGCCCAGGCAUGAGCAUGAAUUGGCCUCAGUUUGAGGAAUGGUCCCCUGAGGCGACACAUUCCAUUGGGAAGAGGGAUAGGAACAAUAAGGGAAAUGAUGAGGUCACCCUAACCAACAUUGUAUCUGCUGGAGAUGAGACACCACAGGAAACCAGAGCUGUGAAGGACUAUUCCUCAGAGUGGUCUGAUGAGGAAAGCCCCAAGAAGUAUAUUGCAACAAAUGGUGUGGAAGAAGAGGAAGAUAAAAUGGUUGCCGUUCGUGUGAGAGCUCUGUAUGAUUACUCAGGGCAGGAGGCUGAUGAACUGAGCUUUCGAGCAGGUGAAGAGUUGUUGAAACUUGGGGAAGAGGAUGAGCAGGGCUGGUGCAAAGGGCAGCUUGACAAUGGUGAAGUGGGUCUCUACCCUGCUAACUAUGUGCAGAAAAUUGCAUCCUGACAGCAAUUAAACCAUUGUGCCUACUAGGCACACCACAUCAUUUCACGGUCAGUGGCACUACAGGCAAGGGGAUGGGUAAUUGCAAGGUGCUUUGACCAUCUUACCUAUGCCCAUUUCCAUUUAGCAUCAGACAUAAGUGCGCAGUUAUGUAUGCAAAAUAUUUGCAUUUUUAAGAGCUUAAAAGAUAGCGUUGAAUAGUUUUGAAGAAUGUUACAUCUAGCAGGUCUAACAUCUCCUCCUAAAGAAUUACAAAUGCAGUGCCUUUUUCACUAAGGUUCAAAGUUCUUUAUCACUCUCAGCCAGCAUUGACAACAUACAGUAGGCAGCACAAGGGGCUGGACCUGUUAUUCUGUCUGGCAUCCAACAAUUCUGAUAACAAAUUUCUGUCAGUAAUUCGCCUUUCCUUCAUACAGGAACUUGGUUGAAAUGUUAACAAUGUUUCACUACAGGCACUGCACUGCCCUACAUUUAAAAAAGAAAUCAAUUUCACUUCA